AUCACACCAUGAGCCUGUAGCGUUUGUCUCAUGCCAGCAGAACUGCUCUAGACUAGAGCGGAGCCUCAGUGGCCGGAGCGGCACUUUGUACAUAGUAGCGCGCUCCGUGAAAAGUGUAUAUCGUUGUACAUAGGAACUAUAUUCAAGACAGAAUAAGAACAAAAUAUUUUCCCCUCAAAAUUUGCACAAGGAAUAAAUUGUAAAUGCAGACUUAAAAACAUUUGUGCUGUGGAAGGAGUUGGAUUUUAUUCAUGUGUUAAAGAUACAAUUAAGUUAUCGCUGCGCUUAGGCACGCACAAACCGGCAUCAUGGUUAUAAUGACGGACAGCAUUACGGGCUCUCGGUCAAGUUGUGCCCAGUCCAGGCCUCUGCAGGUCGGCUUCUAUGAGAUCAUCAGAACCCUCGGCAAGGGGAACUUUGCUGUAGUGAAACUGGCCAGACACAAAGUAACGAAAACACAGGUUGCAAUUAAAAUAAUUGAUAAAACAAGACUGAACUCUGCCAACCUGGAGAAAAUCUACAGGGAGGUUCAGAUCAUGAAGCUGCUCAAUCACCCUCACAUCAUAAAGCUCUAUCAGGUCAUGGAGACCAAAGACAUGCUGUACAUUGUGACAGAGUAUGCAAGAAACGGAGAAAUGUUUGACUAUCUGACUUCCAAUGGAAGGAUGAGUGAAAACGAUGCUCGUAAGAAGUUUUGGCAGAUUCUGACAGCGGUGGACUACUGCCACCGACACCACAUAGUCCACAGAGACCUCAAAACUGAAAACCUGCUGCUAGAUGCCAACAUGAACAUCAAGCUGGCAGACUUUGGAUUUGGAAACUUUUACAAUGCCGGUGAGCCUCUGUCCACGUGGUGUGGAAGCCCUCCAUAUGCUGCCCCAGAGGUCUUUGAGGGGAAGGAGUAUGAGGGGCCACAGUUAGACAUUUGGAGUCUGGGUGUGGUUCUGUAUGUGCUGGUUUGCGGGUCCCUGCCCUUUGAUGGGGACAGUCUUCCUGCUCUGAGACAAAGAGUGACAGAUGGCCGAUUCAGAAUACCAUUCUUCAUGUCACAAGACUGUGAAAAUCUAAUUCGUAAGAUGCUAGUGGUUGACCCUGCCAAGCGGAUCAGUGUGGCUCAGAUCAAGCAGCACCGAUGGAUGCUUGCGGAUCCUAGUGCACCCCACCAGACCCUUUCCCUGUCCCUUACUGACUACAACUCCAACCUGGGAGACUACAGUGAACCCGUCUUAGGCAUCAUGCAGACCCUCGGCAUUGACAGACAGAGGACUGUGGAGUCUCUCCAGAACAGUAGCUACAACCAUUUCUCAGCAAUCUAUUACCUGCUGCUAGAAAGAGUGAAGGAGCACCGCAGCCAACAGCUGAGCCGCCAAUGCGGGGCCUGGACUCAGAGGUCGAGGACAGCAUCCGAUUCCUCCGCCCCAGAGGUGAUCCUGGAGUCAUCUGACAGCUUCAGAACCUCAGCCUUCCCCAUCACCGCCAAGGUGAACGCUCCUGUCCAUUCAGAGAUGGAAUUUGAACAAGGAGGCCUGUUUCAGCGUGUGGUGUGCCCGGUGGAGGCCAGCCUGAAUGGGCUCCUGUGGAACCGAUCCAUCUCCCCCAACAGCCUGCUGGAGACCACCAUAAGUGAGGAGGUGCGACCUCAUGACCUGGAGGAGGAAGAAGGGAUGUUGCAGGUCCAGCUGCCCCAUCUGCCCAGCACUACCUCCCGAAGGCAUACACUUGCAGAAGUUUCCGCUCGAUUCCACAAGUGCAAUCCACCCUGUAUUGUUGUUAGCCCCUCAGACGGUGCUUCCUCUGACAGCUGUCUGAAGUCCUCCUCAAACCCCAACCCGGCUCUCUCCACUGCUGUAGAGGAUCUUUCAUCACUGCUCAUUUCCGGUACUGGCCCUGGGGCCUUAGCCCCUGCUGGGACACCCCUCACUCUUUCCUCCAACCUACUCUUGCAGAACCAAGGCAGCAUGCUUGCAGCCAGCUUCCAGGAGGGGCGUAGGGCUUCAGACACCUCCCUUACACAGGGACUAAAGGCGUUUAGACAGCAGCUGAGGAAGAACACUCGUGCAAAAGGGCUGCUGGGGUUGAACAAGAUCAAAGGUCUUGCGCGACAGGUGUGCCCUCCGACCUCAUGGUCUAGAGGCAGCCGUGGGUCGCUCGGCCCAACCAUGUGCCCUCCCUCAAGCCUCCAGAGCUCUAGUGGCCCCCGUGAACGCCGAAGCAUGCUGGAGGAAGUACUGCACCAGCAGAGAAUGCUACAGAUUCAGCACCAGCCUCAGCCCCAAGUCCAGGCUCAACAGCCUGUGCUCUUCCUCUCACAGUCCCACCCCUCAUCCCCUCCCUCCAACAACCUCUUCGCUCCCGCUGCCCUCUUUUCCAACCCCCCGACUCAACCUAUCCUUCCCCAGUGCCAGCAGACCUCCAUCGCCUUUCAACACAACCUGUGGCAGCAACAGCAGCCUCAGUCUCUUGACUCCUCUUCCUCGUCCCUGUCUCCUGUGGCAUCUGCUGCCCAUCUUCUUGAAGCUCGUCUGCACAUCAGCCACCGGCCACAUCUCCACCCUCAGUCCCAACAGCAUUUGCAGAUCCAGCCCACCAUCCUGUCCCAGGGGCCUUUCUCCCUUCUGCCCAACCAGGGCAGUUGGAGCCUGAGCACCAGCACUGAGUAUGAACCGGAUGUCCAGGUGAUGGUUUGUGCCGGUCAAAAGCAGCAACUCAGCAGUUGUGUCAUGGUUAAGUAAAGAAGGCAAAAACUUUGAAGAAAAGUGAGUGAUGCUUGCUUCUACCACUCUAAGACCAGAGUGAGUCGGUGGACAAUGGUGUUGAGCAUCAGAACAAGAAGGCAUCUCAUUUUGAUGAUUCUUUCAAUAGUUUUCUAAUGCAAAGGCGAGACAAUUUUACUCUCUCUUCAAUUCCAUGACCAUGUCUAUAUGCGUUGGAAUGACCAGAGACAAUAAGAAGCAAUAGCCAACCUCUUCAUUGAGCCCAUGAUCCUUGUCAGGUUGUCCUGCCCACACAGCAAUAAAGGACAGGGCUCUGAACAAGGAGCUGAAGAGUCUGAGUUUUCAUCCAUUUGCGAGUGGGUCCACUCAUAUAUAAAACUGGCCUCCGUAAUCGUAAAUGAUUAUGUCAGAGAUGCUUGUUUAUCCUCUAAACAAGUAUGAAAAUAGGACAGUGAUGUCUUCCUCACAGAUUUUUCCAAGGAUUUCCUUUCAGGUCUUGAGCAUUUUUGUUGUUGUUGUUAUUGUUUUUCACAUCUCCAGAGAAGACCAAAGUUGAUUGCUUUUUGUUGAAUUUUAGAAUUUUGACUCUUUGAUUUCUUUCCUAGAAGUUCUUGAAACAAAAUGCAGUAUCUGAAUUAUCCUAAACUUCCAAAAAUCAAGAAAAAUACUGUCAUUUAAUCUGUGAUGUGAAAAUGUGUGCAAAGUAGCCACACUAUGCCUCCAAUUUUUUGUGUGCAAUGAAGAGGCGCCUUAGUAUGAGGGGAGAUAUAAGCUAGAUAUAAGCACAAGAGGUACUGCAUAGUGUUCACUUAGACCAGGUCUUUGAGCUUUCGCUAUCUGUGACAAUGACUUUAAUGCUGAUUCAUGUUGUGUCACAUCCGUACAAAGACACUAGACAAUUAUAAUCACAUAAAUGUGCACCUACCAAUGAUUUAAUGAUAUUAGGAGACAUUGUAAGGUCUAGCUGUUCCGUUUUGGUCCCUCAAGAAAGACUCCUCUCCCAUCAGUUCACUACCUCCUCCAUUACUGAUCAUUCACCUCAGAAGGCUGCAUCUCAACACGCACUGUAUGAGAAUAAGUUAGGUCCAUUACAAUGUCUUUUUUUUAACCGAGAACAAAGAAUAUGAGAAUAGUGCAAUAUUUCACAUUGAAAUGUAAAACCAG